CCUUCCUUUCCUUUCUCUCUCUCCCAUUCGCUUUUGCUUCGCUUUUCUCACUUUCUUCUCUCAUCUUCCUUUUCCAUACGCACCGCUCUCUCCCUCUCUCACUGAAAUCCAACGAAAUUGAAACCCCAUUCCAUUCCAGUUCUUCACUUCAUUCCACCCAAUUCACCAUUCUCUUCACAUUGCUACCCCUUUUCAAUUCUCUCUGCGCCUUCUAAUGUGAAAUCCUGAACCAUUUUCCUCUCAAUUUCAGUGUAAUUCAACUCCCCUGCUAAAAUUCUCCUUUGUUUCUGCUUUGUUCGUUGUGUUUUGAUUCCUGCUUGUUCAAUCAUGGAGAACGAAUUCUUCCUCAAUGCCGCUUCUUUUCACUUCGAACCUCCUCCUCCUUCUUCAAUGCCCACGUGGCAAUCACUGUCAUCCGCCAUGGAUGUUCAAGCUUCCGUCCUCAAUUGCUCUUCCGAGCAGCCCCGAGAUUGCUUUUACAACAACACCAAAUGGGAUAAGUCAACGGAUCAUCAUGGUCUUCAAUUCGAUUCUGCUCUCAGCUCCAUCGUUUCUUCCCCCGUGGCGUCCAAUUCCAAUGUUAUGCCCAGUAACGAGAAUUUCACGAUCAGGGAAUUGAUAGGAAAAUUGGGGAACAUUGGUGCAUCUCCUUACAUUAAUGGCGGUAAUAGCACUGAUACUUCGUGUUAUAGUACUCCCUUGAGCUCACCUCCGAAGAUGAACAUGAUGAACCAGUUGCUGAAAGAGAACUUGCCCAGUUUAGGUAAAUCGAUGGUUUUGAAUUCUAAUGUUGCAGAAUUCUCAUCUGAUCCUGGUUUUGCGGAGAGAGCUGCCAAGUUUUCUUGCUUUGGAAGCAGGAGCUUCAAUGGCAGAACAUGCCAACUGGGCAGGAACAACGGUCAGUUGUCUGUAAGAUCUACUCCAUCGAUGGAGAAUGAGAAGCUCGCUCGAGUGUCGAGUAGUCCUGUUCUGAAAGCACUUGGUGGAUCUCAAACAGAAUUGGCGAAUUCUCAAGAGGAAUCAACAAUCUCAGAGCAAACCCCAAAUGGGGAAAAUGGGGUGAAUGCGAAUUCAAGGAAAAGAAAAGCUUCUUCCAAGGGAAAAACCAGAGAAACUUCAACUUCAACCAAUCCUACUCCCAAGGCUAAUGAAACCAAUGAAGAUUCAAAUGCAAAGCGCAGCAAGCCAAACGAAGGUGAAGGACAUGAUAAUGGACCUGUGAAGGUGGAGGAAGAUUCAAAAGGAGGUACUAGCAAUGGAGGAGAUGAGAAGCAACAGACCAAGAGUAACUCAUCAAAACCUCCUGAACCUCCAAAAGACUACAUUCAUGUCAGAGCAAGAAGAGGCCAAGCCACUGACAGCCACAGUCUUGCAGAAAGAGUCCGAAGAGAAAAAAUCAGUGAGAGGAUGAAGCUUCUUCAAGAUCUUGUACCUGGUUGCAAUAAGGUCACUGGCAAAGCACUUAUGCUUGAUGAAAUUAUAAACUAUGUGCAGUCAUUGCAGCGUCAAGUUGAGUUUUUAUCUAUGAAACUGGCCUCUGUGGACAGCAGGCUGGACUUCAACAUUGACAAUCUAAUCUCAAAAGAUAUGUUUCAGUCAAAUAACUCUUUGGCACACUCAAUAUUCCCUCUAGAUUCCUCAGCACAAGCCUUUUAUGGGCAGCAGCACGCUCAGCAAAACCCAGGAAUCCACAAUAACAUUCUUAAUGGUGUUGUGUCCCACAGCACAGUAGACCCAUUAGAAACUGCUUCUCUGUGCCAAAACAUGGGCAUGCAAUUGCCUCCACUUAAUGGCUUUAAUGAAGGUGGUUCUCAGUUUCCAGUAGCAUUCUGUGAGGAUGACCUUCACACCAUUGUUCAGAUGGGAUUCGGCCAAACUGGACAUGGAAAAUCACCCAGUCAUUCCCAGAACUUCAACGGUUCAAAUCAAGUUACCCAUCUGAAAGUUGAACCCUAAUGACCUACCAUUACGCCUGAAUUGAGGGUUAGAAAGGAAGACUGGUUGUAUACAAACAAGAGAUUUAAUUCCAACAACCCCCAUGAAUUAUUAUUUCUAGGUCUAUUUCUGUAGAACCCUUUUUUGUUUCUUCCAUAUAUAUUUUUUAUUAAAUUGUACAACUAUUCAAUGUAAAAUCUUAGGACUCUCUCUCUGGAUAUCUGUAUUAUUCUGAGGUGCAAAUUAUUAUCACUGGUGCACCAAUUGUAAGAUACUAUAUAUAAUUAUAAUGCUAAUUGAAGGUGAAAGUUGUUGUU